AUGAACAACGGUAACCAGCAAGAAACGUCAGCCGUUAGACAGGAACGAUCGAUAUUCGAACACAUAAACAGCAUUAAUUUUCGCUCCGCGGUCACUCCUUCUCAAAAUCAUGUUCCCAAAAACGUUGCAGUUGAAAGCGAAUGUCACAGGACGUCUAGCGAGAGAGCCGUUCCUUCUAACAACGUUUCUAUGCCGUUGGAUGGAACGAUACGAAAUGUGGAACCGACAGGUUUGUGUUUUUAUGUUUUGCCGGUUGUGUACAUGUGAUAUUUUGAGCGUUAUCCACAGGAGUGACUCCCGAUAAAACCAACUCUCCCUAGGAGUUUAAGCGUAAUACAAGGUCUGAUAUUCCACAAUCAGUUGAUUCAACCUCUGUAAACAUUGUUCGUAGUUGUAAUACGGAUAUUGACAAAUUGUUUGAUUUUUCUUGUGGCCAUUUAGCAUUGCUUGGUUGUUUAUAGACUGUUUUGAACAGCCAGUUCCUUCUCUUUUGGAUUUUUCUUGGGUAUAUUCAAUUACAAACGUGUAACUUUAUCCUGCAAUAACAAUGGAAAAACCUCUUUAUUACUAUUUUCAAAGCAAAAUAAUCAUUCUCACAACUGCUGGAUCAGAUUCAAACAUUUCCCAUUACCAUUCAGCAUCUUGAAACUAAAAAUAAAAGGACUUUUUAUUUCACAUGCCUAUAUAAUUUGCAUUUUCAGUUGGAAUGCCUUCAACAGAAUACUCUCAGUAAACACGGCUUGGAAGCACUAAUAUCAAUAUGGAUCUUUGCCUCCCUGUUUUCCAUACAUUUUGUAUAACGCCACCAAUACUGCGUACCCCAGGAAGUUCCUUGUUCUUCGCUUUCAUUUGCCUUUGCUUUUAUCAUAACUGUCCAGUGGAUAACGCAAUCGGUUCCUGAUACUUAUCCGCUGUAAAAUGAUUUAUCCGGUGGAUACCACUGUUAUCCAAAGCCGGUUUGAACAACCGAGACCUGAUACAUUACUCGUCAUUCAUAAGACAGUCUUGAUAUUCUAGUCUCUCUGCAAACUAGCUUCAAUGUACUUGGAAGACUUUUUUAAUGAACUAAGUACAAAUUACAAUUUGUGAAAUCCUUGCUGUAAUUCAACAUUACCCAAAACACGCAGUAAUUAUUAACUCUAGCGGGGCAAAUACCCGGGUUCGUUACCUAGCUAUUGUGGAAAUCGUUACCAUUUCGGGCAAUUUAAAAGGAAAGUAAACCGACUAUUGCAAUUCUCGGUUUCCCACUAGAUAAUCUUGUAAAACAGUAAAUGAAUUUACAGUCAAACUACCAUGUGCGACCACCUUCCAUAAGCGACCGCCGAUCCAAAACACUAAAAUUUUUCCCGUCAGAGCCUUGCAGGUGGAAUCUAUAGUGAACGAUCACCUCCUGUAUGCGACCGCAACCACUUUUUGAGCCUAACGGUUAAUGCCAUUGUUUUUAACCUCUCGUAAGCGUCCACUUGACGCAUUCGCUGAUCUCUCUUUUCGCUGUGUGUACCAUGUUACUUAGAAUAUACGAAGAACUCUAGUGACAACAUGGAACUACACAUAUCCUAACAUAGACAUUGCAUGCAAUAAAUUAUCUUCCAUAAACUAAAUGUGCCUGGACCUCUUCUCGGAAGAGACCCCUGUCGGUCGAUUCUUGUAAACGGCCACCUCCCAUAAGCGACCAGUCAGUCUUUGCAUUUGGGUGAUCGCUUACGGGAGGUUCGACUAUACUGUAUACCAAGGGACAGCCGACGCUCUCAAUCCUUAGUUACGAUCAGCAUUGUAAAAAGUCCGUGUGAACUGUCGCUUAGGCCACGCCCAGGAAUCUGCAUAUUUUUGAAAUCGCUUAUUUUUUUGCACGAAUCAACCUUCCACACGAAACCAGUGAAUCCAGUCACCGAAACCUCUUCUUUUUCAAACCGCUCUCCAGAGCGGUUUAGGGCUCUGUCCCCCAAUUCCGGUUAGCGAACUGUGUGGUCUCUAAAAUGUCUGAAUUCGUGUGGGCGUGACCAUAAAGCUUAACGCCAGCACUCAUUUUCCCUUUUUACUUUGCUUUCAGGUGACGUCGCAGAGAAGAACAAUUUGUUUGAGCGUGUGAGGAUCAACUCGUUAAUCGACAGCCUAGCUCAACAGAAGAUGACAAGAGAAGGAAACGGAGAGUUUCCUUUCUCUGACAAACUUCGUCAACUUACUGCUAUAAACAAGGAAACAGGCAAUAAAUUAUCUACUGUUGAGCGCCCUCUGAGAACGGGUUAUGAAAGUGUCGCCUGCAAACGCUCUUUUCAUCAGGUUGUGCCGGCAAGCGCACCUCCCUCGGCGGCCAACACCAUUACGGCGAGAAUUGUUAAUGGUCAGCUCAAACCAAUCGGAGCGCAAGCUGUGACGCCUUCAGAGGUAUCCCAAGUGAACGCUAACGUAAUAUUUCCUUCCGUGACACCUCGUAGCUACCAAAGUGAGGUUCAAACUUCUCUGGCCGGGAAUAAUCGAGAAAUGGUGUCAGGAUACUACACAGUGAACGGUACAACUGUUAACAGAAACAACCCUGCGAGAAAUGCCAAUUCAAUGUACACUCAACCAAAUGCCGUAGCGAAGAUUAAACACAUGGCUGCGGACAAACCCAGCGAAGAGCAUGCUCAUACAAACUUGGCGGCGACUCAUUUGAUUGGUCCGUUCAUCAGUGCCGUGCCGCCGCCCCCGAAUACUUACGUCGCAGCUGUAAGAACUGCGCAACUGCAGACUUUGAAUAAUGAAUUGCAAUCUUCAGCCUCUCCACAGAUGCAAGAAGUUCGUUCAACAUUGAAGGGACACUCAUCUUCCUCGGGAUUUAAACUAGUCUUACCAGUUUAUGCUCAGGUCGGAAUUCGACCACCCCGCGUUGCCAAUCGAAUUUUAACCCCGCCGAUUACUUUGAAUUCUCUGGAGGGAAACACUCUAUCACAUGACAAACAACAGAACUUGAUUUGCGGAGAAAAGCUUCUACCUUCGCCAGAUUUCCGGGAGAGAAGUUUUCGGCCUGUCUCUCCUCCCACUGGAAGGAGAGACACCUCACCGCGUGUCCAUCGUCACAUAGUUGCUUACAAUGGACAGAGUGAGACUCUAAGCUCGCCGCUUCGAGUACGGAGAUCAGUUUUUGAUACGAAAACGUGCCUUGGAAGCAGGGGCUCAGUAGAGGAGGAGCUCGCUGAUCAAUCGUAUGAAUGCGCCUUGCGGGAAUCAGCACACAGCCCCGACAUUGAAAGGUACUUACGUUGCGAGUCCCCUCUUACGGUACUGAGCUCGCCAAACACCAAAUCAAGUAAUAACUCGUGUGAUGGUACUUUUCCCGAAACGGUUGAGAACCAUGUUAAUUCAUCCUUAUUAUGCAAUGGCGAAUCAGAAAGCGAUAUUACACCAAGCGCCUCGUCAGAGGAAUGUAGUGAUUAUUGCUCCACGGCAAAAACACCUGAAAGCACAGAUUUAAAGAUAAGUGGUGAGGAGACAGACGUUUCUAAAAAAAAAGUUAACAGUGCAAUGAUCCGUCGUUUGGAACCCAGACUUCCGUCACCCGUGCGCGAGCGUGGUUCUGCUGGGGACUUGUACCGAGACCCCAGCGAGUUAACGCGGGAGGAAAGAGCGCUCCAAAGAGCGAUGAUGCAGUUUAGUGAAAUGGAAAUGAAGGAGAAAGCUAAAGAGAUUAAAAAGAAAGACUCUUUAAAGAGACGUCUUAGGAAACGUCCUAAGGUAAAGUAUGUGCAACUUUGUGUUACCUCGUUGGUCAUCCUCUCCAUCUGCCCACGUAUAUUAUACUAGUCGGCUGAGUCUUGACUCUUUCAUUCCUGGAAGAGGUCAAAGUCAGAAUCCUUUCAAUGUACAGAAUCCACCUGUUACUUUGUGUCAUCCUUCUCUGUAUGCUAAGAGCAUGUGCUUCAGACAUAUAAUCCCCGUAAUGAGGGGAUAAAUGGCACAAAUCUAUCCAUCUUUGUGUACCAUCUUCCUUUUAAUAAUCAAAACGACCUUUACGGCAAGGAGAACGGCAAAAAAGCGGUGCAAUAUCUUAGGCUAAACUACAGAAUCGACCGAACACUUAACACUCAAAUAACUCAUUUCACGUUCUUUUCAUCCACUAACGAGUUACCACUCAAAGUUUAAAUCUUUUCAAAUGUAACACUCAAAUCAUUUCUUUCUUUUUCCCUUUCAUCCACGAGCCAAACGAGCCUUCAAAUCGUAAUGCCCUCAAAAACGGUCUUGCAUCCCAUGUAGUUGCUCCAUGAAAGGAUAUUAAUCGUGGUAUGAGUAUGAUAAGUGCAUCAGUUGGCGCACCUCGGAUAGUCACUUUGCUCUUUAUCGCAAAGUUUCGACCUUGUACUUCUGGUCUUUAUCAGGGUAUAGUGUCGAUAUAGUCAAGAUCCGGCUUACUAGUACGUUCGUUUAAUAGUCCCGCUCUGCGAAUCGACACCUGAUGAAGAUCAGUUGUACGCGGUCGAAAACUCGCAGUCAAUAGCAAAGUGACUAUCGUGAGACAAACAAUAAACGAGCUUUUUAACAAAGCGUCAUUGCGAUUGGUGAAUAGCGCGGAACGAAUUUAAUUGUCCGAAAUUAAGUGCUACAACGGACCCCUCGCACCGAAAAAAAUAGAUAAACAAAAGCACAGAAAUCAAUUUUGCGUGCCGUAUUCUACAGUAAGGCCCACGUGAUUUGAAUGUUUCCUUUUCCCACGCGCCUGAUUUAUGUCGGAGAUGUGACAAAUCCGUGAGACCUCAAACUUGGUUAGUAAGAAGUGUGUAUAAUUUUUAUUUUAAAUUACACUAUUGUUGUCGUAUUUUUGUGUUUAUCUUAAUUGUAACCGACCAUAGGCUCAUCAACAAACAUAGAUUUUGUGAGAAAUUGUAAGGUUGCUCAAUUAAAAUUUUGUUAUAGGACAAAUCGAGGGCUGUAACUAAUGACACCAGGACACAGACAGGUAAAGUAUCUAUCCUUUGUUGAAAUCAUUUUGCACUAGUUCAUUCAUCGUCAACUAAUACUUAUCUUGCCAUACUACGCCUGCGUACCCACAAUCUGUGCAGUUUAAGACCAAUUUGGAUGUAUUUUAAUUUAAACUUUACUCUAAGGGGUAGGGGAAUAAAACAAAAGCAACGCAUUAUUUAUCCCUGGACCCCAAUGAUUUCGUUGUAUCAUUCCCCCUACUUUCGGAGAUGAGUAUGAAGUGAAAGAUAGCUGAUUCAGUAAAGGUUGCUUUGGUAAUUGGGAAUUGAGCUUUGGGCAUUGGGAAGCUAUUGAUUGGUGGUCACUCAAGUAAAUCCUUGCAUUGUUCGAUAUGCCCAAAGGCGCAAUGCCAAAUUACCAAUGACCGAUUACCAAAGCAACCCUUUUUGAUUGAGCUGUAUAUCGAGGUUGGUCGCAACAAUUUUGUACAUAAAUUUGCAUGAUUUGUCAACACUUUACAUUCACGUAGAGUACACAGCUAUGACCAAAUUUAGUUCAGCUAGUUAAAACUGACAAAUAAGUGACAAUUAUAAUGGUGAUAAUAAAUGCAGCCGUUUUUGUCACUGCUCUUUUAUAUCCUCCUUUUCUUCCCUUGUCCAUACUGUUCUAGAGACCAGAGUCGUCUCUAGUCCCCCACAUUCGUCCGGGCUUCCAUUGAUGCAGUGCGUUCUUGCUGCAUCUAUCUCGGGUGACUGGGAACUACCCUGUUUAAAGGAGCUGUGUCACGAAAUUCAGCCAAAUUAGGAAAUUACAAAAUGCCCUUUAAAUUAAGAGAAACAUAAAAAUAGACGCUUAAAACUUUAAAGGAAGGUUAAAAUAACAUAACAGAAACAACAGAUGCCACGGAUGGGCAAAACUGAAGAAGAUUGAAACGGACUGAAUUAGGGUUUUUGAAAACUAUUCAGCCUAACAGUUUUUCAAAGCUAAUCCCUGCUGCUUGCAACUUCAAAAAUAAUGCUCAGGAGACAUAUUUGUUUGUCUCGGAUCUCUGAUUUUGUCACUUACCUGUAAUUUCUUUGCUUACUUUAAGUUCCAUAGCGAUUUAGGGCGAGUAAUUGGCAAAAUUAAACAAAAUGAACUGGACUGCCGUGACACAGCCCCUUUAAGGCCACUUGCAUUAAACGUAGCGUCGGAAGUAUCUGCUAUCGACUUGCGUUAAAAUAAAGUCUUUGACUUAGCUGAAGGUCAGACGUUUGCUUCCAGGUCCGACGUAAAGUUUUAUUCAGUUUAAUAGGUUCAACCAUUCAGAGUUUAACGUAAAAUUUACAACGCAUUAAGCUUCUUAAGCUUAUAUUAAAAUUCCUUGUAGAGGCUUUUUAUCAUUAUGCCGUAAGGGGUUAACAAUUUUUUUUGUUGUUUCAUUUGCAGCAACAAAAGUUUGGCUUAAGAAGUUUAAACGCAAAGUUAGUAUAAACCGUUGUUGUAAGUGUUAUGUAAUGACACUGAGGGCUGAUGAUUUAUCUGAAAACCUUAUAACCAAUCAAGUCAUCACACUCGUUCUUUUCUCUCUAGUAUGUUCAGGUGGAAUGAAGGAGCCUAUUUUCGGUUCCACUGCUUUGUGCAUUUGUUAAUCGUCAGUUUAAUUAUACAGUUUGAAUAAAAAAGGAAGACGAUUCAGUUUUUCUGCUUCAGACCUUUUUGAGCAUAUCCGUGGUGUUAAUCGUCUUUUCCCCCCAACAUUUGUUUGUUUUGCAGCGGCUUUGGUUUUCUCAGAGAAAAAGCAUGACCAUUAAGGCUCCAGGUACUUACGUAGUAAUUCUAAUCUUCAUUAAGGCUUUCAUUCAUACCCCUGAAGAAAAUGCCAUGGAAAUUGAAACGUGAUGGGUGUUUCUAAAGCUGAUUUAAACACUGCGGAGUUUUUAGUCCCGAUUUUCUUGGGAAAAUAUGUAAAGACCUCACAGAAGAAUAAACACCUUUAGAAGCAAGUUUUGUAAGCCGUUAGCAAAACUGGAAACGCCUUACUCCUAAAUAAUUUUUAGCAAGGACUACUAGCUCUCGAAGGUUAUGACCCUUACAAUUAUAUGUAGUGAAACGUCUGUAUAUUCGUUUCCCAAAAUGUUAAUGAUACAAGUCAAAACUUAACAUUGGACUUGGAUUGAGAAUCAGAUUGACAAUCAAGUCAUAAACGUUGUCGUAUUUUAUUUAUUUUGUGAUUCUGGUUUUGUCCAUAAAGAGUGUGGUGGAGUGUACAGAUGCCAUCAGUUAGAGGCACCCAACGACUGUUUUCUGUGAAAUAUCUGUUCGGAGAAGGAAAUAUUGCCGUGAAUUUUCCACUACUACUUGAGGACGGCUAAAAAUUUCUAGAUGAUCGUUCCAUUCAUGUACAAUUUGCGAAGUUUAUCUUAUAAAUUCCCUACCAUUUUCUGAAGUUUAAUUUUCACAUUUUCCUUCCUAAGUUAGGCUAUUUUUCGUAGAAAAAAGGGAACCUAAAAUUUUCGGAUUCAAAAAUAUGAUGGCGUUAGGAAUCAGAAAAUGUCUCACUUUCGUAAUACGCCAAAUUUCAACUAAAAUUUUCGGAAAAAUAAUACUCAGGCCUUUGUAAUUUCGAAAAGACUUAAGUUCUUUUAGGACGACCGAACAGAUAGAAAUUUUAUAGCCACACUUAGAAUGCAUUUCUAGAUAUCUAAAAGUACUCUGGAUAGCCUAAAAAGUGUUUUCAAUGUAUUUAGGAGGAAACCGUCGUUGGGUGCCCCUGAUGUGUCUUGUCUUUAAUCUGAGUGGCCGUUGUACUUUGAUAACAUUUUUUAGGGCAAGAAGACGAUUCGUCGGUAAAAAGUAGCGAAAACCAAGAGGCGCAACCUGUCAAGCGAAAAAGAUCGAACUCUAAACCUGAGGAUGUAAGGCUUUACAACUGAGUUUAAUUAUUUUGGUGUUUGUGUGGACGUAAUUGAUGUGCAGUUAGUGAAGUGAUCAGACUAGCUAAAAAACUGACUGAACUUUGUAAUUUUGUUUUUACCACCAGGUUGAACAACCCAGAAACAGACGAAAGUCCGAUGAUGCAGGUAAAUUUCAACAGAAUUUUCCCUUUUUGUCUUUAUUCCUUGAUGCCCUAGGGCCUUGUGUGACGAGAAUUGCGUUACAUACCGCCUCAUUUUGAAUUAUUAGCAUCAUUUUGUUUGCACCCGCUGAUGCUAUUAAUUAUUCAUUUCAUGAUAUUACAAAUUUCCUUUUACAGACAAACGUGCUUUAGUCUUCAAACCAACAGAUGUACAUCGAACGAAAACGUUUUUACCGAAUAACAAGAAUACGGUAACUAUAUUUAAUAUUUAGUGGACAUUAUCAAGGUGUUUUGGUAAGCGUAUCGUUGCGGGAAACAUUGUUCACCGCGAUGACAUCCCCAUUCAUAUAAAUCAACCGAUCGCUGAAGGUCUUUUGAUGUGUUAAUUUUUCGGAGAAUUUGUAUUUACAACUGUAACUGUUAACUGUUGAAAGCGCCAUUAACGCUUCUCAGAAUAUUAACAAGCCGAUACUGACUCGACCUAAUCGAGUGAAAUUCGAAUAAAAUAUUCAAGAUACGAUCAAGCACAAACGGACGACAACGAGUUUCGAUUUGCUGAGAUGUUGGAAGCUUAAGCAAAGGUUUUUUUUUAGAGCGACGGACAUCAACCGGAAGUGAGACAUCUGCACUGGUAAUAUAACGUGACGCUAGCAAUUUUUUAUUGCCAGGUGUCUUAACUUUUUUAGAGAAGAUGCGGCCGAUAAUUUUGGCAAAGCCACUGUCCAAGAAUGCGAAAAGUCGACUUCCUAUUGACGUGCAUCGCUCAAAAAAUAAUGAGGAGACUAGGGGUCUAUCCGCACAACAAAAAAGGCCGUUAUUUAACCAAAUUUUCGGUCAUCACCAACGCUUUACAAAUGCGGAUGGUUUGUUGCGAUUUUACAAAUUUUGCCUCACACGGGACAAUCUUCCAAAGCACCGCGGACAAAAUUUGUUCCUUGUAAAAACUGGACAAAGUCGACUUAAUAAACGAAAACGGGUUUUUGUUGUCAGUCAUUUGUUGUAAAGCCAUUAUUUUUCCAUUAAGUAGUGACAGAUGUGACAGCCUGUUAAGAGUAAAUAAUUUCAAGUGCGGAUAAAUUUUCUCAAAAUAAAAAUUGUCACCAUACAAUUUUUAGAGUUAGAUGUUUCAAACACAAUUGCGGAUCGGCCCUUAGGUACUUAAAAAUGAAGGGUUGUCUUCGUGGGAUAGAAGAACGCGAAACAGAUGUUUUAUCAACUGAGGCGAUAAAGGGAAUUUACCACUCUAUCCUAAGAGGAUUUUGAAAAAUCUUUCCUUUCCAGCUCUAGUCCUUCUUCAGAGCAUUCAAGCGAAAUUACGCUAGGUGACGAGGAACCAUAACUUCUCAGUCCAUAUUGUUAUCAAGUUUUCUGUCACUUUUUUUUUCAGUUUUGUGAAAUUGGUGUUGUGUAAAACGGGGAACGGGAAAAUGAAAAAAUGGGGAGAAAACCUAACUUGAACCCCAGCCCUGUCAGUGACUUUAUUUCCAGUUCUCUGUUUUGUUCCCAUUUUUGCCUUUUUUCCGUUCCCGUUCCCCGUUUCUCGUUUCUCGUUUUAGCAACAUCCCUCAGAGAGAAGCUUGAAGGCACAAAGCUAAGAGUUUUGUGGGUCGAUCGUUAGCUAAAGUCCUUGUCCGUUUUUUCAAAGCAAGUUUCAAAAUAUAAAUUAAGAUUGAAAUAGAGGUUUGACGUACCUUCUAUUCUUCCUUUUCUUUUCGUCUUUGAAAAAACUAUAAGCGUUUCCUAGAGAAAUAAACUAGCUUUUCCGUCGCGGCAACAUGAAAAUGUUUUUCUCUGAAGUGUAAAUGGAAACCAACUGUCCUUUGUGACAUGGCAAUGUCAAAAAUGCGCGCGCCGUAGAUCAACCAAUCAGAUUCGUUUUUAUGAUGCUCACGCAAUGCUCGUGCGUGCGGCGAUUUGAAUUUUAAAAGCCGUGUUUUCCAGCUCUGCUCCACACUUUAGAAUUUAAAAAUGGUAAGUCACUUCUGUUUUUCUGCGCAAAGAAGAUGCUGAAUUUUAGAAAGAGCCGAACAUCAUCGUUCUGCUGUUUGUCAAAUUAGGCCAAGAUUAAUUCACUCUGCUCUCCUGCUUUUCUUUUUUUUCGCUAAACGUCAGCAAAUCCUCAAAACUGUCAUCCAUUCUGGCAGUGUAGGCAUGGUCAAGCAAAUUUAAUUGCGUCUCUCUGCCCUGAACACAGUACAUUGAAGUCAGGGCAUUUACAUUCUUUCCUCUCGAGUUUUAAGAGAGAUUUUCCUCUUAAAAAAAUAUGAAUCGGUAUAUUCACAUUCUUUUUUCCGCUAAGCGUCAGCAAAUCCUCAAAACUGUCAUCCAUUCUUGCAGUGUAAGCAUGGUCAAGCUAAUUUAAUUGCGUCUCUCUGUCGUGAACACAGUUCAUUGAAGUCAGGGCAUUUACAUUCUUUCCUUUGGAGGUUUUAGAGAGAUUUUCUUCUUAAAAAAAAUAUGAAUCGGUAUAGUAACAUUCUUUCCUCGCAAGAUUUUAGAGAGAUUUUCUUCUAACAAAAUUAUGAAUCGGUCUAUUCUACUGAAAAUACUGGUGAUUUCUGGAUGGAUCUUUUAGCCACGAACAAUAAAUGUCGCAGUCGAGACAUGUAAACUCAUUUGUUAGUACUUUCUUCUUGAUUUUAGCACAUAACAUAUAGUUUAUACCACAGGUUCAAGCUAGAAUAAUUCAUUAAAGAACUAAAAAUGAUUCACGUUUUUAAUCUUGUUGUACUUUCUCCAUUUGGCGCAUACAUUGGUCAUGUUGUCGCGUAAAUUCGUCAUUUUGUGCUCGUGCAUUCAGUUAUUCUUGUGCUCGUGCAUUCCUCUACAUUACGACGGUCCCCGAAAAGAAACGAAAGCUAUUCUUCCUAUGGUAAAAAAUGAAUAAAUGCUCACGCAUCCUUUUUAUCCCCUCAAAGGAUACUAAUCCAGCCAAAGUGAGAAGAAGUUCAAGUGACAGUAAGUCAUGCUUUUAGCUUGACAGCUUACGUAUUUUCUCUGUAUUUUGUGUUGAAAUUUGAAAAUUGUGUUCUGGCAAACUGUACUGAUGAAAACUUUUCGUUUUAGCCCGUGGUUUGAAGGCAAACAGAAAGGAAAACCUUCCAGAAACCACUUCAGUCAAGAGAUCCUUAUCCACAGAAGACCCGGAUAUGAAGACGAAGGUAGCCAAGUGUCUCAAAGAAGGGUUAGAACCACUCAAGGUGAAAAAACAGGUCAGUUUAUGUAGUGUUACAUGAAGUGUGUCUUUAUAGGUCACCACAGAAGGCGUUUUGGCUUAAUUCAUCAUCAUUACGAGUUUAAUUUUCAUGUACUUCCCGGAAAAAGCAUUGCUAGCAUAAUUUGCACUUUUGGCUAGUUUUGCAGCACAAAAUUGCCAUUUAUUGAUCAUGUAACCAAUCUUAUAAUUUCACUCCGUUAAUACGGCCACUUGUUCGAAAUUUAGAAAAUUAAAAUGCCUGUGAUAUGUCAAUUUUAUUGACCUAGUACUCUGAGCCUUGUCUUCUAUUGUUUUUAGACUACAGUGCACAUAAAGUGCACUUAUUGCGAUUUUAUAGCCGAAUUUUAAAAGUGUUUUACGUACUGAAGGAAAAUUUCAAGUGGUUUUUUCAGUUAUUGUACGCGAUAUCUACAUUCCUGUCGGGUUAUGUAGUGCUGUUUUCUCAUCGCAUUUUUUUUUUCUUUUCGGCAGGAGGUAGCUCAGCCCAGCAAUACCGGCGUUGGUAAGUUGCCUGUAUUCAUAUUUGUGUUCUUGUUUGACAUCAUUUAGUUUUGCCUGUAAUCAACCUGUGGGAUGCGUGUGGGAUACUUUGCCAGCCUCUCGCUUCGCAGACGUUCGGAGCUCUGCCUAAUGUAGACCUUAAGAUCAAGGUUUGGCCAUCUUACUGCAAACGCCAAACCGCGGUUUGCGAUUGGCGGUUUCACGUUACCCCUCUUCCCAUAUUUGGAACUUAAGAUUCGCAGGUAGUAGCCGGCGGCUGCCAUGUUUGUUUUCAUUCAGUCGUUCACUGUGUUCUGUUUUAGCUCGUCUUCAAAAUCACGGUUCUAUAAAAAAUAAAAGAAAGAGUUCUAAAAACUAGUAUUUUCUCACAAACUUGGGAUUGUGAGGUUUUAAAGUGCAAAAAUCUUUGCAGUAAAUCGCUUACCUCUGGAGCGUGGUCUGGCCGUACAAACGUGAACCUCAAACCGCAAACCUGAACGGCAAGACACCGGCCAGGUGACUUCUUGACGUUCGCGGUUCGCAGAAAAUGCCGAAAAUCCUCGAUCUUAAGGUCUCUGAUGUUGCCAUUCACCUUCAAACCAAAACUUGGUGAAAUCAGUAGUUUACAUGAAAUACGUUAACAUUUGCGUUUUCCAUUCAGCAAAGCCAGACAGGUCGCAUCGUAUCAAGACAUACAUGCUUGUGACUGCUUACCAAGGAUUUAGGGUGCGUACAUGUAACUGUGCUAUUACUUAUUUAUCUGUUUACUGAUUAAGUUUCUCACGCAGUGACAGUUUACUCCUGUAAAAACCUCAUAAUGUUUUGUCAUGUUUUUGGGCCUAGUGGCCCUUAUGCAUGUGCGAAUUUCACCUUCAAGCUUCGUUUAUGAGCAAAAUUCCUCGCAUUUCACUCUUUAUGCGUGGGUAUUCUGUUCAACUCUACUGCUUUGGGAUUUCAUUAAUACAGCAGAACUUCGCAACUUUCCAUUUUAAAAACAAGGCUUGGUGGUGAAAUUUGAUCGUCGGACGUAAACAUGCAUAAGGGCUAUUAGGCUUCCCGAAGCAGUGAAACCUUCAGCCCUUUAUGAAAAGUACGGUGGUCUAGGCUAAGUGUUGACUCGUCGAAUAUAUUAACAAACGAUUUGCUGAUUGACCAGUUGGUUGUUGUCAUGGUUCCCUGCAACUUGAUGAUGUUUUCUUAUUUAUGUUCUGUCUUCUAGGACUUUAAACCAGUCGUACUGGAGUCGCGAACCCGAGGAAAGGGGAAGCAAACUGAUGAAGGUAAUACCACCACCACUACCACUACCGCCACCACCACCACUACCACUACCACCACCAUUACCCGCUACCACAACCACUACUUCUACUACUUCUACCACCACCUGCCAUCACUACCACUGCCGCUACCAGAAUCCAUUUCACUUUUUCUUUCCACAUUUAAAUGUGGUAAUCCCAAUGAGAUUCAGUAAAGAGAAAGGAAAACCCCUAAGGAUUCUGGUAGUAGUUGUAAAAUGACGUCAUCGUGCAAAUUGCUUAUUUAUUUCUUCACACAAAGACUUCUUAUUGUAACUGGCACGUUGUGACUCAAUUUCUUGUCCCUGGAUUUCUGGAGCAGUCUACAAAGCGCUUGGCAUGAAAUUUCUAGCAAAUGGAAAGAAAAAUGUGAAUGCUAAGGGCAAUGUGCAUGCGAGUGAAAAUCAAAUGCUGAUGGAACGUGAAUAUGGUUUGGAAUGGGAAUAUGAAUUUAAAAGUAAUUACAGGGCUGUUAUCAGGGAGCUUAAGCAACGACGACGGCGACGGCAACGAGAACGGCAAAAAAGCGAUAGGUUUAUUAAACAAAACAACAACUUUGCACGUUCAUCACCCUUUUUUGUACAUUUCUUUGCCGUCGUUGCACGACUACAACAUCAAAGUGCGUAAUUUCACGUUUUGUCGAGGGCGGGAGCACACGACAACAACUUUCUUUUUCUUUUCCUGAACUGUGAUACAGUCCUUUAGAAUUCAACUCCAAAAUAAUUUGCCAACAUUUGACGAAUUAAACAACAUGGAAUAAGCGUGGUAAAGUUUGAAGCAGCGGGAAUUCACUUUGUAAGUGACGUUUUUGUAGCCGUCACCGUCCUUGUUGCUUAAGCUCCCUAAUAUGUGCCAGGGGCUGGGGAUUUUCCCUGGUUACAGUGAACGUGACUCCUGGCUACUUUCAUAGAAAAAAAUAAUAAUGAAUAGAACCAAAAAAAUCCCUAGCAGUUUGAUUCUCAACCCACUUGUUGUAUUUACCUGGUGACUAGAAAUCUUUAUAACGGCCCAUUAAUUGUAAGUGAAAACGGGAAUGUGAAUUCAAAUGGAUAAGAUUAGUGAUGUGAAUAAAUGAAAAGGGAGUGCACUAAGAAUGUGAAUAGGAAGAUGAACGUAAAUGUGAGUGAAAAUGGGAAUGUGAAUGCAAAUGGAAUAUGAUUAGUGAUGUGAAUAGAAAUAUGAAUGGUAAGGGAGUGCAAAUAAGAAUGUGACUAGGAACGUGAAUUUAAAGGUGACUGGAAAAGGGAAUGUGAAUUCAAGUGGGAAACUGAUUAUGGAUGUCAAUGUAAAUAGUAAAGAGAACGUGAAUGAGAAUGUUAAUACCACUGGGAAUGUAAAAUGGGAAUGCGAAUGGGAAUUGGAGUGUGGGCGUGAAUGUGAGUGCAAAUGCAAUUGUGCAUUUAAUUUAAAUGGGAUGUAAUUAAGAACUGGAAAGUUAUUGAGUAUCAAACUGAUAAUAGGAUAUCUGUCUGAAUUUAUAAAAAGGUACCUACAGAAAUUUCAUUUGCGUCCUAACCAUUUGACCCGUAAGGUGAAUAGAAAUAAGUUGAAAGUAGCUAGUUAGGGCUUAAAUUUUUUUAAUGAAUAUCUUCAGAUGCACAACAGAAGACUUCCAAAGCAUCAGAGUUUCCUUUACUCGUGGUGGAGAGCGUUCAUUCAAAACCUGUUAAAAACAGUAUAAUCGCCGAGAACAAAGAAGUCCAACACUUGGUUGAGAACUGUCUAAAGGCUCGUGGCAAGUGGCAAAUAGAUGAAAUCCUGGAAGAGGUAAAAUCCCUGUCCAAUAUUAAAGGAGUUUUGUUACGAAAUUUAUCGAGAUUCAAAUAGUGGAAACUGCCAGUCACCGAAUUGAGGGAACCAUAAACAUAACUGCUCAAAACAUUUAUAAAAAGUAUAGAUGACACACAGGAAAUAUGAAAGGAGGCACGAAUGGACAAACUUAUAGAAGAUUUACAACAGAUCGAAUUGUUGUUUUUUAAUACUUGUUAACCUAACAAUUUUUUCUUGUUCCUUUUUUUUAACGUUUGAUAUUAUGGUUCGUAUACAUAUUUGUUUAAGACGAAGCUGUGAUAACGUUAAAUUCCAGUUGAAUUACUUACCUUUGAUUGGCAAUAUGACAGCCGUAACACAGCUCCUUGAAAGUCAUGAAUAUUUUUUGACGAUGUUGUCACUGGUUAAGAUAUCUAAAGGGCUUGAUCGUAAUUUUUUAGGACUAGAUCGCCGAGAUUCAUCUCCUUAACGCUUAGUCCCAAGAUUGACUAACAUCCAUUUUCUUCUAUCAAAAUCAAUACAUGAAAAGAAUUGUAGCUUAUGAUAAUUAAUAAAAUGAUCGUCAAAAGAAAAAUCUUGUGAUCUUUAAGCAAAUUCUUUCAACUAAUUCUUUACGAAAAUGUGUGAAGGUCAAUCUGGAGAAUUUGUAAGUGGAUAUUGGUAUUUAAAGAGUUAAUUUUGAUCCCUGCAUAGUUCUAGGCAGUCAUUUAAAAGAGGAGUGCACUGUUUUCACGUUAAAAUUCAUACUCUCUUGCCAUGCUUCCUCUCCUUUGUUGUUGUGCAUUGCUUUUUCGCUUGAUAAGGGUAAACAAAAUUCGCCCAUUACAGUACACUGGCAUCGUUGUUGGAGUCUUGAUCGUCACUAACGAGUAUAGCUCUGUCAAGAAACUGUGUGUAUGUUUUUAAUUUUGGUUGGUAAAGAUAGUCUCUUGAUAGUCACUGUAAAGAUCGUUUUCCAAGGAAAUUCCGAUAGCAAAACGUAGCUCUGCCCCUACCUGUUUGUCCAGCUUUCUGAGGCACUGGAAUGAACUCAUCGUCAUAACUUUACAAUUUGUGCGAUUUUAUUGAGUGGCUAAUGUUUCAUUCUUUUGUCUUAUUCCCGCAGAGUGCAAACGAGGAUGAAAACCUUAAAGGUAAAGUUAAUUUUGACUUAGAAAUAAACUCGUUGGCUUGAGCGUUUCUCUAACUUCUUUCUCUUGAUUAUUCAUUUUAGAAGCCAGGAAGCUAAAUGUGAAUCGUAAUACAGGGGAAACCGUUCUACAUAAAGCGGCCAGGCUAGGUUACCAUGUGAGUAUUGUGUUGUUUAUAGAACAUGUCGUACUCUUUAGUGUCAACAUAAUGUGAAAGAGAUUUCGCCCUAUGACUAGAUCCACGUAAUAAGUAAAUUACAAUUUUUGAAGUUACUAGUGGGGAGGUUUCACUUUAUGAACUUCCGCCGUGAUAUCAUCGCGAAGUGUUUUUGCGCUUCGUCUUUGAAUCCAAUGGUCUACUCAGUAUUUCAGCUCCUGUUUGAUCCAGCACGAAGAGACCAAUUUCGACAAAUUAAAAUUCUUACUUGGCUCCGAGGCUUGGGUGAAUAAGACAAGAGAAAUGUAUUCAUCUCUGAGCCUCAAGGCUAUUUCUUUUGUUGUAUUCCGCCAAACCAAGGGUGAACUUUACCAUAUCGAAAUUGCUCUAUUGAUCUCCUUGGGUAACUUCCAAGACCAUUAGGCUUUAGAGCGCUGGACUUGCAGUUCGAAGGCCCUGAAUUCAAAUCCCGUUUUGACCUCUAGCAGGAUUUGUUCACGGUUUUCCCGAGCUCAAAUCCUUGGCAACGCUUGUAAAUAGCCAACUGCUUUGCCUCCGGCCAGAUGCUAUUGUUAACCCUCUUAAGCUUGAUUUAAGUUAUCUGUGUCAGGCAUUUGCUCGGCGCCACUCGUAUUACAUUUAAUACUAUAAAUACUGCCGAGUGUAAAUAAAUAAUAAUGAUAAAUUUAUAAUUACUUGGUAACGUAUGUUUUUCGUAGGAGACAGUGCGGCACCACAUCCACCAAGGUAUCGACCCGAAUGCGAAAGACAAUGCAGGAUGGACCCCGCUCCACGAGGCUUGCUCCAGAGGACACGUUGACGUUGUCAAAGUUUUGGCCAAAUAUGGUGCCGAUGUCAAUGCGUGCUCAAAUGACGGAAUAAGGUGAGUCCCAUGUAUAGGCGUAUCUUUGAUGACGUUAUGUUCACUUUUUCGCUUAUCACUGUAGGACUUGACUAAUUAAAGGCGUCACCGUAUCUACAAAUUUAGUUCAAAUUUAGUUUACCGUGUUACUGAAAUUUCACUUCGUUGUAGGCCAAUUCACGAUGCGGCAGAAGGUGGUCACGUGGCUGUGCUAAGAGUGUUAUUGUCAUACGGUGCAGACCCACUACUCGCAACGUAUUCUGGGAGUACCGCACUUAGCUGUGCCAAAGAACCAAACACAAGGGCUUUCCUCGAAGGUGCGUGACUCGUGAUAUAUAGUCUUAGAUAGGCAAGGAUCGAGACAAAAUCGUUACCGUUUGUCAGCAAGUCGCGAGCGUCUAGUGGAGUGCGAAACUUACAACCUCAUAAAUCUGUAAAUCUGGAUCAGCGCAUGUUAACACGAUUUUCUUGGGAAAAUGGUGUGAUUACUUGAGUUGAUUGCUUGGGUUCUUCUCAGGGCAUCGGAGCUAUCGUCAGAGUUAAUGAAAUUAACGUAUUGUCAAUUCCUAAGCCCUCCAUUUUUUUAUGUCUAUCAGGUGUUCUCGAGGAUCUUGAUCUGACGACCCCCUCAGCGUCUGCGUAUGAAGGCGAGGUGAGUACAUGUUCUUUGCGAUGCUUUAAGGUGUUUGUGAAACAGAGCUUGCCUUAACAUGUUAAGCCCCAACAUUAUCCACACUAAUCUCGAUACAUUUCUUUAAGGACUAUUUGAGAGGAAGCGCCACGAAGCGGCCAAGCGAGCGACGAAGUCGCGAGAGGUUCCGCGCAUAUUAAAUCGGACGAAGGACUUUUUUGAAAGUCUAACGUUGCACCUGCAUCACCGUUUUUACACAUUUCUGUGCCGUCAUUGCACGACUACAACGUGAAACUGCCUAAUUUCACGUUUCGUCGAGGACGGAAACAAGACAACAACUUUCUUUUUCUUUUCCUGAACUUUGGUGCAGUCCUUUGGAAUUCAACUCUAAACAAAUUUGCCAUUUGACGAAUUAAAACGAGAUGGAAUGAGCGCGAUAAAGUUUGCGGCAGCGCAAAUUCACUUUUUAAGUGACCUUUUCGUAGCCGUCCCCGUGGUCGUUUCGUAAACUCCCUAUUGUUAGGAGAAAAAUAGUGUCAAUCACUCUGACUGAACAAUUAUUGUUUUACGGCUUUUGUUGUAGGGCUGCUGGGACUUCGGUGGAUCUUCUUCCCUGUUUGGUAAUUUUUUUCUACGUAAUUUUUUUUAUUUUAUUUUUUUUACCCGCGUUCUACCUGGUAGAUAAUAGACGGGACAUAGGAUGAUAUGAGUAGAUCUCUCGUAGUGCACCAUGAGGCGCAUCAUAGUGAGUUAGCGCUCAGUAAAUUCUCUUCUCGCCAUCCUUCAUGUCAAAGCAGAGGAAGACUUGCGAGAAUAGGAAGUUAGUCUCCUAAGCAGCCGUUGGUUGUCUCGUCACGCAACGCUCAAGAGACAAAUAACGUGUUGCACGGGAGAAAUGGUGAGAUCAAAGCGAUCAGAAGGUGGACGAAAUUUGAAAGGACUCAUGCGCAACAAAUGAGCGUCAUGCAACGAUCACGAGACAAAUAAAAUGUUGCACGGGAGAGGAAGUGCAAUCAAAGUUAUCAGGAGGGUGGAAGAAAUUUGAAAGGAUUUAUGCACAAAAAAUGGGCGUCACGCAACGCUCACGAGUCAGAUAUCGUGCUGAGUUAGAGACUAGGAGAAAGUGCGAUCAAAGCUACCAAAACGUGGACGUAAUUUUAAAGGUCUUGUGUACAACAACAGAAAGUCACCCAACGCUCACGGGACAAAUAACGUGUUGCGUUGGAGAACAGUGGAAAAUGCGAUCAAAAUGGUGCUUAUAAUUUGAAUGGACUCGUACAUAACAAGCAAGCGUCACGUAACGCUCAAGUGACAAAAAACUGUUGCGCGGAAAACCAACAGAAAGUGGUGAAAUGAGAUGAAAUGGUGCGCAUAAUUUGAAAGGACUUGUAUACCAAAACGGAGCGAGAUCUAGUCCACACCCCUGUCUCCCUCCCCCCUCCCCGUCAAAAGCCGCAUACACUUCAGACCAACUUGUUUUGAUAUUGUCGUUGUCAUACAAGUGUGAACGGUCUACCGUGAGGUCGUCAAAAUGGCACCCGUAGUGUUCUGCAGAUAUUUGAGCUCUGCUCCACGUGUGGUGUUGUACUCCAAAUUGUGCUGGCAUAAAGUGUGGGCCCAUGCUCUUUGUUCAGUGAGUUUUGUAAAUAGCGGCCGGUGUUAUUAUUCAUUAGUUUUCGUUCACAGUCAAUGUGCUGGCCAUUUAAGAAGUUACUGUGUUUUAGUAAGUUCCAGCCUCAUCGAGGCGCGAUCUCUGAAUGUUCACUGACCUUCGAUCAGGGGCCUGUUUCUCGAAAGACCCGGAGACUUUUGCGGACGCGAAGACCAUUUUUAAAAUCAAAAUCUAAAGAGCGAAAGCGCUGGUGCUAGCUAACAAACUAGUCCAUUAUGUUUUGUUAACUGAGAGUUAUACCUUAUCAUCUGCAAAGCUAUUGAAUCCUCGAUCUUGAUUUUACACGCAGCAAAAGUAACACAGCUUUCCGGGCCCGAAAAAGUUACUGGGACGUUCGAGAAACAGGCCCCAGGCGUACAAAGUGCCUGAUCGGAGGUAAAGUGUACACAGAAGUGAAGAGAGUUAGUUAAUGUUUUUGCAUGCUUCUUAAUAUCUUUGAUUUGAGAUGCUUUUGCUUUAAUUAGAUGACGUCCCGGACCAUACAAAUGGUAUUUUCGAAGGAGUUUCGACCAUAAAAAGUUCUAUGAAGGGAGAGUUUGAAAUGUGCGACAGACCACACCUUCCAACUUACAACCUUCCGGUGAUGGCCGGUCAAGAAUUAACCUCCGGGUAAUCAAUCUUUCCUUACUUGGUGCUUAGGAAUAAAACAUGAAUCAAGCAGUAUAAAAGAUGAAUAGAACAGAGUUAAAAAUACAGCAAACCAGUUGACCGAGGAGUUAAACUCGAGAAACUGGUUUGGUUUUAUAUACGUGGCCCCGUCCAUAGGUAUCCAUUUCAGAGUUUUUUACAGUGCAACUACUAGAACCCGAACCACCUAGACCGGCAAAGUUUACCAAUCAGAUUACAGGAAAAUAACAUUACAUUCCGAGAAAGUUAGUUGUCAAUCAUAAUUACCAGGAAACGAAAUAAACAACAUGGGUCGAAAUCAGCCAAUUACAACCUACAGAUGUGGCCUUUUGAACCCGCUGAGGAAAGAGCGUGUUUCCCGAGAGGUUCCUUAGAGUGAGUGAUGCAGGCAAAAAACGUAAACGGUAGUUAUAUUUUUGACUUGUGGUCGCAUGUUAUUGCAAAGCGCGGCAAUAGGAGCUAAGACAUUGCUGCUAGAUGACAAAGAAAUAUGUCUCCUGGGUGUUGUAUGCAAAGUUUCGAGUAGAAAAACAUUGUCUGGUGAAACAUUUUACUUUCCUGAAAAACGUUUGCUAUCAACAUUGCAUUUUGUGCUUCCAGUAACUUAUUUUUUUUUUGUUUUACGAGGUGCUGAUUGGCCGACCCACAACUUUCUUGGAAUGUAUUGUCAUAGUACUGUAAUCCGAUUGGUUAACUUUGUCUAAGUGGCCCCGGUUACAAUAGUCGCAAUGUCAUUGUGUUUUCUUGUCCACUCGAAAACGCAGUAACAAGCGAAAACCGUAUCAUCUUUAAUGGUAGCAUGUGCAUUUACUGAUAUCCAACACAGUGACGUAAUCGUUUUCAAAAACCUCCGUUUUCAUCCAUCCACGGAAGAGAAGUCACCAAUGGUGCGUUUCCAUGACCCCAAACAAUACUAAAGCAAUAGGAAGAAUGACAUUUCAUUGUUUCCUCCGACCAAUUAGGAGAGACCUCACGAGCAGCUCCCACACGACUCCCAUCCACACGAGUACAGCAAAACGGCGUUUUAAAAACUCUUCAGUCUGGGGAGCAGUUUUGAAAAGAUGCGUUUUCAGUGACCGUUUCCACCGGAUCUGUGUGGACGGGAGAAAAACGGGAGAAAAAAUGUAGGCUCCGCUUUCAAACAAAAACGGAUACGUGUGGACGAAGCCUAAAGGUUGAUUUCCACUGACGCGUUUUUGGCUACGCACGUAAACGCACGUAAAUUUUAAUCAAGUAAGUAAAAUAGAGGCAAGAUAAAAAGUGCUGAGCUGAAACGAGAAGUUGAGCAAGGUUUAACUUUUACGAUAUUGCCUCUAUUUUAUUUGCGAACGUAAAUUUUACGCACGUACGCACGUAAAAAUUACGCGGCACUGGAAAUCAACCCUACGUCAUGAAUGUCAAGUAGAAUUGAAAUAGGCACCUGUUUCAAACUUUGGGCUAAUCAGGUUCUUGUAUAAAGGGGGUCUAACUGACAAAUUUAGUCGCGGGGUAGUACUAUUUUCUGAUCGUUACUUACUAUACCUCUUUUCAGGCGACGAAAUUAUGUUCUUCUAUCUGACGUCCUUGAACACCUUCGGAUAAGCAGGGUUGCCUUGCUUAAGAAAGUUAAAAGACUUGAUAUACGCGAAAUGCCUUGGUCGCAGUUCAUGGCUGAGAUCGUUGGUAAACCACUGUGCGUUGUUCCUAAGUAUUGUCCUGCUGACAGCAGUACACAAGAAGGAAUAGCUGAACUCGUACCGACAAACUACAAUCUCCGACGUCUUCUUAACAUUAGAACAGAAACCGUUAGUAUGACGUAA